AUGACAACAACAGAAAACAGCAUAGCUGUAUCUGGAUUCAUUACAAUGCCGACAACGAGCAGUAUUCAAAAACGUGCCCGAAAAUCGAUUGCACCUACUCGUCCACCAAUUAUCCCCCCACCAUCAUCAACUGGAUCUAUCGACGGCACAGUAUGUCAUCUAUGUGGUUAUUUAGGUCGAACAAGGUCGAUAUCCACUGAAAAAAAUGGUUAUAGUUUUUUACGCCAUUUACCACCAGCACCUGGUGCUUUGCCAGUAACCGAUAAGACUCAACAUGUUCGAGCUUGUCAUCUUUGUGCUUUACUACUUGAUAAACAACGAGAACUUAAUCAUACAACGAAUAAUUUCUUUUUCAAAGGAUUUUUUCGAUCCACAGGUGCAUGUCAUACUAAUAUUGGAUUAUCAUCGAAAAUAGUAUUGAAUCCUAUUGAAGAAAAAGAACAAUCCAUGGAUAAAGAACCACAAACAGAAGAAGUACCCGAAUCUUCAAGUUCGCAAUCCAUGACUAUCGAAACAGAUAAAUCAAUACAACGAUCACGAACAAUACCUCCACCAUUACGUCGAACAACUACAUCGACUACAAAUAAUUCACUUAAUUGUCAUAUACUCGAUGGAAUGUCUUCAUUAGAUUCAUAUUUAACAUCCGUUCGUGCACGUUUUCUAGCUGAUUAUACGUCAGUAGAAUCUUCAUUGAAACAAAAAUCUUAUGAUUCUUGUCAUUUAUGUCGAUCAAUAAAACCUCAUAGUACACUUUAUACCAUAUCGAAAGCAGAAUUUGAAUUUCUUUCAUUAUCACACGUUGACGUAUGCACAUUGUGUUAUUAUAAUUUACUUGAUCAGCAUAAAAAACAAGUAAAAGUGUAUCGUCGACCACGACCUCAAUGUUAUGUAUGCCGUUGUCGUAUAAGUUUUGUUGAUUGGGAAGUAAAAUUAUUGGAAACUGAACAUUUACCAUUUUUAUUAAGUUUAUACAAUGAAAAUAUUCUUCAUGAACAACUGUACGAUAAUCAACGCUUAGCACUUACAUGUGAGCAAUGCUUUUAUAGAUUACUCUUUCAAUAUAUUGAUCAAGAACGACGGAAUAUUCCAAUUCAACAACGAACAUAUUCAUGGCAAUGCACAUAUUCAUACGAAAAUGAACAUUAUCUUAAUACAAAUGAUUUUUUUUAUACAUCUUUAUCAUCAAAUAAAACACAUUGA